GGUUUUGACCUCAGUCCCUUGUCUUACCGAACUCUUUAGGUCAAAGAAGAGGUCAGACCACCAGGCUCCAAGACCUCAAACCAGGGUUCAGACAGCGACAGUGGCAGUAUGAGUAUCCGCUCCCAGUCCGUGCCUAGUCUGGAGCCUGGCAGGGGCCUACUCUGCAGUAUAAGCCCUGAGCCGGCCAAGACACUGCCCGGGGUCAGGGUCAGGAGUCCCUCACCACCCAGGGUACGCAGGGAUGUAAAGGUCCCUGAACGCUUCAAAAGUCCAGUGCCUCCGAUCCAGAUGCCAGCACAACGCUUCAGGAGCCCUGACCCACUCAGAGCUUCCAUGAUUAGCCCUGAGCCUGUGCUGAACGGGAACAGCAAGCCCAACGGUUCUGUUAAUGGAAGUGCCGUCAAUGGAAGCUCUGCCAACGGCAGUGCCAACCAGCCAGACCUGGACAACGAUGAUCAGAGCCUUACCCGCAAGAAGGUAGUGAAGGUGGUACGUCGAGUGGUGAGGAAGGUACUACCUGCAGAAGAGGAGUAUGCUCCAGCUCCUGAGCCUACCAAACCUGCCCCUGAACCUCCUAAAUUGGUGCUAUCGCAAGUGCUAAGAUCUGUGCCCAAGGUCCCAAAGGUUCCACUGUUCUCUUUCAAGCACGACACCAUCAAGACAGAGGAGAAGGACAAUAUAUCAGCUGGGCUGGCCAGCCUCAUGGUCCGCGGGAGGACCAGGGACCGCCCUCGCACACGCAAAGAUGGGCCACCUGAAAAAAAACAGGAGGAAGCGGUGAAAAGAGAGGAAAAAGAAAGUCCAAAGUUGGUUGAUAUUAAAUCUAGCCCUAAAGUCGUCCCAGUUUCAAAACCGGAAGAUAAGACUCCCGUGUUGGCGGCACCUGCCAAAGUUCCUCCUACUGCUUCUACUUUGACCUUGGUUCCCUCCAAGUCUGAACCCGCAGGCUUCAUCCCUGCCUCAAAGCCUUCCUCACUCUCCCCUCCCGCAGGUUUCAUUCCACCACCAAAAUCAGCCUCCCUUAGCCCACCUGAUGGGUUUGUACCAGCACCAAAAUCAGCCCCCCUUUGCCCACCAAAUGGGUUUGUACCAGCACCAAAAUCUACCCCUCUUUCCCCUCCAGCAGGGUUUUCACCAGCACCAAAAUACACUGCUGUUACUCCUUCAGUUAUCACUGUAGCUCCCAAAUCCUCUCCAGCCAUUCACCCGCCAUGUUUCAUCCCACCACUAAAAUCGACCCAUAUGUCCUCACCUGCCGGGUUCAUACCAGUCCCAAAAUAUAUACCCCUUUCCCCAUCUGCUGGUUUUGUCCCCUCUUAUAAAUCCUCCCCUGUCACUCCCCCUUCAGCAUCCGUUCCCACCUCCAAGUCCUCCUCCAGUACUUCCGCUGCAGGGUUCGUCCCAGACCCCAAGGCCUCGCAUCUCUACCCUAACCCUCCCAAGUCCUCGGCUCUCUCCCCUCCUCCUGCAGUCAUCACUCCCAAGGCGAGUACCCUCUCUCCACCACCGGAGUUCAUCCCGCCCCCCAGACAGCCAACCGUGAAGAAGCCUGAGGUGAAGGCUUUGGCAGCCUCUCCCCUGUCCUCUGUUCCCAUUGAGAAGGCUUCACCGCAGAACAAUUCAUCAACCAUUACCCCAAACAUUACCCAAAAGCUGGAGCCGGUGGUUCGUGCCUCAGCUCCGCUCCUGUCUCCGGCCCCAACCCCCCCUCAGGGACAGGUGGACGAGGACCCCGUGGCCAUCCUUCAGGCGUCUCACGCCGCUGCCCAACAACCCAAGGUGAAGACAGAGGAGCAGAUAGCCACAGAGCAGGCAUGGUACGGCUCAGAGAAGGUCUGGCUGGUCCACAAGGAUGGCUUCUCCCUGGCGACACUGCUGAAGACUGAGGCGGGCUCCCUGCCAGAGGGGAAGGUGAAGAUCAAACUGGAACAUGACGGGACAAUCCUGGACGUAGACGAGGAUGACGUGGAGAAGGCGAACCCCCCGUCGUUUGACCGCUCUGAAGACCUGGCCUCGCUGCAGUACCUCAAUGAGUCCAGUGUGAUGCACUCCCUGCGGCAGCGUUAUGGGGGAAACCUCAUCCACACACACGCCGGGCCCAACAUGGUCAUCAUCAAUCCCCUCAGCGCUCCCUCCAUGUACUCAGAGAAGGUGAUGCACAUGUUUAAGGGGUGCAGGCGAGAGGACACGGCACCUCACAUCUACGCGGUGGCUCAGUCGGCCUACAGGAACCUGUUGACCACGCGUCAGGAUCAGUCCAUCGUGCUGCUGGGGAAGAGCGGUAGCGGCAAGACCACCAACUGUCAACACCUGGUCCAGUACCUGGUCUCCAUCGCUGGCAGCACCGGAAAGAUCUUCUCUGGAGAGAAGUGGCAGGCAGUAUACACCAUCUUGGAAGCAUUUGGGAACAGCUCCACCUCCAUGAACACCAACGCCAGCCGCUUCUCUCAGAUUGUCUCUCUGGACUUCGACCAGGCUGGCCAGGUGGCCUCCGCAUCCAUACAGACCAUGCUGCUUGAGAAGCUGAGAGUGACCAAACGGCCGGAGACUGAGUCUACCUUCAACGUCUUCUACUACAUGAUGUCCGGAGCUGACAGCACUCUCAGAACGGAGCUGCACUUUAACCACUUUGCAGAGAACAGCGCAUUUGGAAUUGUGCCUCAGUCUAAACCGGAGGACAAACAGAAGUCAUCUCAGCAGUUCACCAAGCUGCAGGCUGCCAUGAAGGUGCUGGGCAUCUCAGUGGAGGAGCAGAGGGCUCUGUGGCUCAUCCUGGGGGCCAUCUACCACCUGGGGGCAGCAGGGGCCACCAAAGAGGCUGGCGAAGCUGGCCGUAAGCAGUUUGCCCGUCAUGAGUGGGCCCAGAAGGCAGCCUACCUGCUGGGCUGCACCCUGGAGGAGCUCUCCUCUUCCAUCUUUAAGCACCAGGCCAAGGGGCCCAUGCAGAGGUCCACCUCCUUCCGUGGGGGGCCCGACGAGGUCGGCGCAGGAGACAGCUCAGGCUCUAAGAUCACAGCCCUGGAUUGUUUGGAGGCCAUGGCUUCAGGCCUGUACUCAGAGCUCUUCACCCUCGUUAUCUCCCUUGUCAACAGAGCUCUGAAGUCCAGUCAGCACUCACUGUGCUCUCUGCUCAUCGUGGACACACCGGGUUUCCAGAACCCUCGCAUGGCCAAGCGGCAGCGUGGUGCUACCUUCGAGGAGCUGUGCCACAACUACGCCCAGGAGCGCCUGCAGACUCUUUUCCACGAACGCACCUUUGUACAGGAGCUGGAGAGAUAUAAGGAGGAAAACAUAGAGCUUGCAUUAGAUGACAUAGAGUCCAGUACCUCAAUGUCUGUAGCAGCUAUAGACCAAGCAUCUACUCAAGCGCUGGUACGCACCCUGGCGAGGACAGAUGAGGCUCGAGGUCUGCUGUGGCUGAUGGAGGAGGAGGCUGUGCAGCCAGGGGGCUCUGAGGACACUCUGCUGGAGAGACUCUUCAGUUACUACGGCCCUGACCAGGGGGACAACAAAGGACACGCCCUGCUCCUGAAGAGCGACAAGCCGCAUCACUUCCUGUUGGGCCACAGCCACGGGACGGACUGGGUGGAGUACGAUGCUCAGGGUUGGCUGAGCCACGCCAAGCAGAACCCCGCCUCCCAGAAUGCUGCCACUCUGCUGCAGGACUCACAGAAGAAGAACAUCAGCAGUCUGUUCUCUAGUCGUAGUGGAGGGCCCACAGUGCUGUCUGGCUCUAUCGCAGGGUUGGAGGGGGGAUCUCAGCUGGCCCUCCGCAGAGCCACUAGCAUGAGGAAGACCUUCACAACCGGCAUGGCUGCCGUGAAGAAGAAGAGCCUCUGCAUCCAGAUCAAACUGCAAGUGGAUGCUCUGCUGGACACAGUACGCAGGUCCAGAGUUCACUUUGUCCACUGCCUACUGCCCAAGGCAGAUGCGGUGGGGGUGGGUGGGGAGCCGCGUGUGGCCCACGGAGAAAGCUGCGACUCAGGCCUCAUGCAGCUGGAUGUGGGCCUUCUGAGGGCUCAGCUCCGUGGAUCGAAGAUUAUUGACGCGCUGCGCAUCUACAGGCAAGGUUACCCUGAUCACAUGGUGUUCUCUGAAUUCCGUCGCCGAUUCGAUGUGUUGGCACCCCACCUGACCAAAAAGCACGGGCGCCACUACAUCGUCACAGACGAGAAGCGGGCUGUGGAGGAGCUGUUGGAGUCUCUGGACUUGGAGAAGAGCAGUUACCACAUGGGCCUGAGCAGGGUGUUCUUCAGAGCUGGGACCCUGGCCAAACUGGAGGAGCAGAGGGACGUCCAGACCAGACGCAACAUCACCAUGUUCCAGGCUGCCUGCAGAGGAUACCUGGCCAGACAGGCCUUCAAGAAGAGGAAGAUCCAGGACCUGGCUAUCCGCUGCAUCCAGAAGAACAUCAAGAAGAACAAGGGCGUGAAGGGCUGGGCCUGGUGGAAGGUGUUCACCACAGUACGCCCCCUUAUAGAGGUCCAGCUCACAGAGGAGCAGAUACGUGGCAAAGACGAGGAGAUCCAGCAGCUGAAAGGGAGGCUGGAGAAGGUGGAGAAGGAGAGGAACGAGCUGAGACUCAACAGUGACCGCCUGGAGAGCCGGAUCACAGAGCUGUCGUCGGAGCUGGCAGACGAGAGGAACACAGGAGAGUCGGCCUCUCAGCUGCUGGAGUCUGAGACCUCAGAGAGACUGAGACUGGAGAAAGACAUGAAGGACCUGCAGACUAAGUUUGACUCGAUGAAGAAGUCUAUGGACUCUAUGGAGAUGGAGGUGAUGGAGACCAGACUCCUCAGAGCCUCCGAGCUCAACGGAGAGAUGGACGACGACGACACAGGGGGAGAGUGGAGACUGAAGUAUGAGAGAGCCAUCAGAGAGAUCGAGUUCACCAAGAAGAGGCUCCAGCAGGAGUUUGAUGACAAGCUGGAGAUUGAGCAGCAAAACAAACGACAGCUGGAGAGGAGGCUAAGUGACCUCCAGGCAGACAGUGAAGAGGUGCAGCGUACGGCCCAGCAGCUGAAGAAGAAGUGUCAGAGAUUGACGGCUGAGCUACAGGACACCAAGCUACACCUGGAAGGCCAGCAGAGCCGCAACCAUGACCUGGAGAAGAAACAGAGGAAGUUUGACUCCGAGCAGAACCUGUCUCAGGAGGAGGUUCAGAGGGAGAAGAAUAUUAGAGAGAUGCUGAGCAGAGAGAAGGACAUGCUGACUGGAGAGGUGUUUAGCCUACGACAGCAACUGCAGGACAAGGACCUGGAGAUGUGUGCGCAGAAUGUGAAGUUAGAACAGCUGGAGGCGGAGCUGCUGGACCUGUCGUCCCAGGAGACCAAGGAUGAGGCGUCGCUGUCCAAAGUGAAGAAGACGAUGCGUGACCUGGAGGCCAAGGUCAAAGACCAGGAAGAGGAGCUGGAUGAACAGGCCGGAACUAUACAGAUGCUGGAGCAGGCUAAGCUGCGUCUGGAGAUGGAGACAGAGAGACUGCGCCAGACACACUCCAAGGAGAUUGAGAGUAAAGAUGAGGAGGUGGAGGAGAUCAGACAGUCCUGCAGUAAGAAGCUGAAGCAGAUAGAAGUCCAGCUGGAGGAGGAGUAUAAUGACAAACAGAAGGUCCUACGUGAGAGGAGAGAACUGGAGACCAAGCUGCUGUCUGCCCAGGACCAGGUGAACCCCAGAGACGUGGAGACAGAGAAGAGGCUGAGGAAGGAUCUGAAGCGCACCAAGGCCCUGCUGGCCGACGCCCAGAUCAUGCUGGACCACAUGAAGAACAACGCCCCCAGCAAGAGAGAGAUUGCCCAGCUCAAAAACCAGCUGGAGGAGUCAGAGUUCACUUGCGCGGCAGCAGUGAAGGCCCGUAAAUCUAUGGAGGUGGAGAUUGAGGACUUGCAUGUGCAGAUGGACGAUAUCUCCAAAGCCAAACAGGCUCUGGAGGAGCAGUUGAGCAGGCUGCAGAGAGAGAAGAAUGAUCUGCAGUCUCGUAUGGAGGAGGACCAGGAGGAUAUGAACGAGCUCAUGAAGAAGCACAAGUCAGCUGUCUCCCAGUCAACUCAGAACCUAGCCCAGAUCUCUGACCUACAAGCCCAGCUGGAGGAGGCCCUCAAGGAGAAGCAGGAUGUCCAGGAGAAGCUCUCGGCACUGCAAAGCCAGCUGGAGUUCCAGGAGACUUCUAUGGUGGAGAAGUCUCUGGUCAGCAGGCAGGAGGCCAAGAUCCGAGAGAUGGAGACCAAGAUGGAAUUUGAGAAGACGCAGGUCAAACGCUUGGAGAGCCUGGUGGCCCGUCUGAAGGAGAACCUUGAGAAGCUAACAGAGGAGCGGGAUCACCGCAGCACCAGCGAGACCCGGGAGAAGGAGCAGAACAAGCGGCUCCAGAGACAGAUCAGAGAUAUCAAGGAGGAGAUGGGAGAACUGGCCAAGAAGGAGGGAGAGGCCAGCCGCAAGAAACAUGAGCUGGAAAUGGAUAUUGAAAGCUUGGAGGCAGCCAAUCAGAGCCUGCAGGCGGACCUUAAACUAGCCUUCAAGAGGAUUGGUGACCUCCAGGCUGCCAUCGAAGAUGAGAUGGAGAGUGACGACAACGAGGACCUCAUCAACAGUUUACAAGACAUGGUGACAAAGUAUCAGAAAAGAAGGAACAAAACUGAGGGAGACUCAUCUGACUCGGAGGUGGAAGACCGUGUGGACGGGGUCAAGUCCUGGCUGUCCAAAAACAAAGGCUCGACCAAGAACCUCUCAGAUGACGGCAGCCUCAAGAGUGCCAGUCCUCCUAGCCGAAGACGGUUCUGCUUUGACAAAUCUGACGAAGAAGAGGAAGGAAAAAAAGAAGGUGGUGUGUCCCGAGGGUCCUACCGCUCCAGAAACACACGGGGCAGCUACCUGAACAACAGUGACAGCGAAGACAAGCCCUCUGAGACAACAUAGUUCACACACCAGCCAACAAACCCUGCAUGUUGAGAGGGCCCCUGUGGUGCUGUCAUCACACACAACCACUCUACUGUUCUUCUAACUCUGCAACAUGGCAAUGAUACUAUACACUAUCAUUAUUAUUCUACUGUUACAAAGCAGCUUGCAUUGCUAAGGUCUAGAGAAGUACGUCAGUGUACAGUACACAACACUAAUGGUUUCUCUCACUCUCCACUGGGCCAACCAUCUCUUAGUGUAUUUCACCAGUCACAUGUGACAAUGUCUCCAUCUUGGAUCUGGCCCCUCCAGUUGAACAGCACCUCCAUUAAUAAUGUCUUGUCUCUCCUGUCUCUGCUGGCUGCAUGAGGACAGCUGCUGCUUGGCUGGUGCCAUCGUCUCCUACUUCCUAGACUCUGUCAUCGUCAUCAUGGUUGUAACUGAGCCAAAGAACUAGCUAUGUUCCCUUGUGUUUUAUCACUGCGUCGGGGGACCAGAAAGAAAAAAAUCUAACAAAAAAAGACAGAGGAAAUAAGUACCAAAAAAGCCUUUGUUGCAAGUAGAUGUGUACACUGUGUUAUUGCUUAUCAAGUAUAUGUGUACACUGUGUUAUUGCUUAUCAAGUAUAUGUGUACACUGUGUUAUUGCUUAUCAAGUAGAUGUGUACACUGUGUUAUUGCUUAUCAAGUAUAUGUGUACACUGUUAUUGCUUAUCAAGUAGAUGUGUACACUGUGUUAUUGCUUAUCAAGUAUAUGUGUACACUGUGUUAUUGCUUAUCUGAGUCCUGGUAAAAAGACCAGAGUUUAUUUUUGGGAGAAGUGCCGCUGAUAUACAGUACAUAGGGUCCUCUACAGCUGUGCUUAGAUUCUGGCUGCAGCGCCGCGCCACCCCCCCUGAAAGAAGACGCUUUCAUCGGCUCAUCUGCUUGUUUUGUAUUGCUUGUUUUAGCAGGAGAAUAAUGUUCCUAACAGGAAGACAACAGAAGAGAGCUGCAGCACCAAACUGCUUUGUGAUGAAAGUUUAGCCCUUCUCUUCUUUUUUCCAUCUUUUUGUUUUGAUGUUUCAAAGAAGAUCAUUUGUUUUCGAGAGUCCUGCCAUCAAGAAAAUGAAUUUCCAGGAGGUUGGAGCGUAGCAUACCCUAUGAAAUGCCUUGCCUUUUAUUUCAACUUGAAUUGAACUAAGUACUUUGCAGAAAUGCUUUUGGGGUGAGAGUCUUUGGCUCAGCUGUUUUUCUUUCUUCUCUCUGUCGUUGUGGUUGUUGUUGUUCUCGUGCUUUUCACUCAUUUUGUUCUCUCUAUUUGAUGUUUGCUUUCCAAAGGGAACGAUAUUGAACACCAUGCUUUAUGGUGGUUUGCCUUUAGUUUAUAUAUACUUCAACACCCACAUGUUUUCUUUUUCUGAUAAACCAUACUGGAUUACACAUGGUGAGGAUUUAGGUUCCUCAACGCGCAUGUUAAAUCCUCCUGUGUUGCAUCACCACUCUGUAAACUGGAUAGAAUGCAUUCAAAUCCUUUUCAGUGUCUCUGAAGCCUAUUUGUCAUGUAGGAUUCAUCAGUAUUCUGUCCUGAACCAAUGCUACUGUUCAGAGCAGCAGUUUAACCAGGAAGAUAUUAAAGACCCAUGCUUUUACGGUUGCUUGGUGUUACAUUGAACCCUUCGGCUGUCUCUUUAGUAUUUAUGAAUUAGCGUUAAUGAAUUGAGCAGGCCUGCCAACAUGUGUGUUAUCCACCUGUACAUGGCAAGUGGAGCUGAAAGGAUUUUGUUGAUACUUUGCGUGAAGGGAGAAGUUUGGUGCGUUUGUAUUAUACAUGCUUUUUAAAGACACACCUAUCACCUUUUUCCUCAAUGCCAGGGUUUCCCCAACUCGGUCUUGGGGCCUGCCAGGGUGCACGUUUUGGUUUUUGCCCUAGCGCUACACAGCUGAUUAAAAUAAUCAAAGGUUGAUGAUGAGUGGGUUAUUUGAAUCAGCUGUGUAGUGCUAGGGGGAAAACCAAAGCGUGCACCCGGGGGGGGCUCAGGACCAAGUUGGGGAAACCCUGCUCUAUGCAGUCAACAUGAGUUUUAAAAGAAAUUGUAAACUGUUUUAUGAUCUUGUUUUAUGAUACUCUUAAACCAUGUAAACACCAGGCAAAACAAAGAAAUGAGCCAACAUAACAUUGCUGACUGUACACAUUAAUAUUUAUAUAAAUAUCUGUACUGAUUCAUGCUAGCUUUCAAAAUAGUAUAUUUUUAUUUUCGUUAUUGAACAAAAUGACCACUUAUUAUGAGUAAUUUUGCAUUACAGUUUAAUAUAUUGUAAAUAAAUGAUGACUCAGACUGUAA